UUCCGUCUCCGCACUCGUCCUCUCGAUACCAACUCCUACUUCACCUUUUUCGCCGCUCCCCCUCUCUCUCUCUCCCUCUCUCUUUCUUCAUCGUCUUCUUCUUCGUCUCUCCCAUGGCAUCAAGCGGAGCGGCGAUGGCGGAGGAUUCGAACAUAGAGGACGACCAGCUCGCCUCCAUGUCCACGGACGACAUCCUCAGGGCCUCUCGCCUCCUUGACAACGAGAUCCGCGUCCUCAAGGAUGAGUUGCAGAGGAACACUCUGGAGCUCGAGUCGUUCAAGGAGAAAAUCAAAGAGAAUCAGGAGAAGAUUAAGCUAAACAAGCAGCUUCCUUACCUUGUUGGCAACAUCGUUGAGAUUUUAGAAAUGAACCCAGAAGAUGAGGCAGAAGAAGAUGGUGCAAAUGUUGAUCUUGAUUCUCAGCGGAAAGGGAAGUGUGUUGUCUUAAAAACUUCUACACGUCAGACUAUAUUUCUUCCGGUCGUUGGAUUAGUUGAUCCUGACAAGCUUAAACCUGGAGACUUGGUUGGUGUCAACAAAGACAGCUAUCUGAUACUGGACACGCUUCCGUCAGAAUAUGACUCAAGAGUGAAGGCUAUGGAAGUUGAUGAAAAACCAACAGAAGAUUACAAUGAUAUUGGUGGGCUUGAAAAGCAGAUUCAAGAACUUGUUGAGGCAAUUGUGUUGCCAAUGACACACAAGGACCGGUUUCAGAGAUUAGGAAUUCGUCCACCUAAAGGUGUGCUUUUGUAUGGACCUCCUGGAACUGGAAAAACUUUGAUGGCCCGUGCAUGUGCAGCGCAGACAAAUGCAACUUUUCUGAAGCUAGCUGGUCCUCAACUUGUUCAGAUGUUUAUUGGAGAUGGUGCAAAACUUGUUCGUGAUGCCUUUCAGCUUGCCAAGGAAAAAGCACCCUGCAUUAUUUUCAUUGAUGAGAUUGAUGCAAUAGGAACAAAGAGAUUUGACAGUGAAGUAAGUGGGGACAGGGAAGUGCAGCGAACUAUGUUAGAAUUACUUAAUCAGCUUGAUGGCUUUAGCAGUGAUGACCGGAUAAAGGUUAUCGCAGCAACUAACCGAGCUGACAUUCUUGAUCCUGCCCUAAUGAGAUCGGGUCGUUUGGAUCGCAAAAUCGAGUUCCCUCAUCCAUCAGAAGAAGCCAGAGCUCGGAUCUUGCAGAUCCACUCGAGGAAGAUGAAUGUCCAUCCUGAUGUCAACUUUGAAGAGCUCGCUCGUUCAACUGAUGAUUUCAAUGGGGCACAACUGAAAGCAGUUUGUGUAGAAGCUGGAAUGCUUGCACUGCGUCGGGAUGCGACUGAGGUGACGCACGAAGAUUUCAAUGAAGGAAUCAUCCAAGUUCAAGCCAAGAAGAAGUCCAGCCUGAAUUAUUACGCGUGAUGUGGUUUGUGAUGUGGUUUUAUAUGUAUCAGGACACAUAGAAUGAUAGAAACCUAGCUGAUAAUGAAGUUGGAACUGAAUUUUCUGUUUGAUCAGUGUCCACAGACAGGCUCCACGAAUGACAGAUUUAUAUCGGUUCAUUGUAAUGUAAAGUGUUAUCAGGGGCCUUCAUUUGGAUUAUGCUUUCUAAUUUUCACAUGUUGGCUUUUCUGGAUUGUAGUUCAGAACUGAAGUGUCCGUUGAUGUCCAA